AAAAAUAUCUCAGAUUUUUGUCCGCUUUGAAACAAAUCCGGCUCGAUGAAGACCAAAAAGGAAGUCCAGGACAUGCAGGGAGUCACGGUGAAUCGUUUUGCUGAAGAGGCUCCCGGCUCUGGGAGGUCUAAGAAUGGAUAUGUUUUCCAAGAGAUGGAGCUGCAGAAUGGGGAGCAGGAGGAUUCGCCUGCCACCAACAAGGAGAACAUCUAUGACAACGAGAACCCGAUCAGCGUUUCAGAUGCCGAAGGACCUGGAUGUGGGCUUUUAAACACAACGAGAAAAUAUGUGAAGCCCAUGAACUUCCAGGAGGAGGUGCGCGCCCACAGAGAUCUGGAUGGCUUCUUGGCUCAGGCGAGCAUCCUUUUGGACGAGAAAGCUGCCACUCUGGACGAGGUUCUGAGGCGAAUGAUAACUCAUGUCGUGGAAGAUGGCCACGGGAGCUGCAAUGUGGAGGAGCUCAUGAACUCUCUGUUCACAGAUGCAGGAGGGAAAGACAUUGAUGUUCACCUUCUGUCAGAAACCAUCCAGGGUGUGACAGCUACGUCUACAGGCAUUCAUUACCAGCAAUCCUGGCUUUGUAUUCUCUCCAGUGUGAGGAGCCUGCAGAGGCGUCAUGUAUGCAUCACCCGCCUGGAGAGGCCGCAAAACUGGGGGGUCAACUGCUGCGAGGCUCGCUACGUCAUCCUCAUCCUCGCUCCGCCCAGAACGAAAAGCACCAAGACGCCCAUUGAACUGGGUAGAACGUUUGCUACGAUGUUCUCCGACAUUUCCUUCAGACAGAAGCUUCUGGAGACCAGGACCCAGGAGGAGUUCAAACAGGAGCUGGUCUACCAGCGACAACAACUGUCCAUAAUCAACGAGAAAGCAGUCGUAGAGGAAGCGGAGGACUCAGAUCCACGUAAAGGAAAAACACUCAAGUGUACAGACUUCUUCAAAGCUGGUAAAGGUGUUUAUGAUGACCUCCGUCGCAGACUGCCUCUGUACCCCUCAGAUUUCACAGAUGGAAUAACUGGGAAGGACCGCUGUCUGCUGAAAUACACCACCACUGCUAUUUUCCUCUACAUUGCCAUUCUACUGCCUGCUAUUGCCUUCGGCUCACUGAAUGAUGAAAGCACAAGAGGAGAAAUAGAUGUCCAGAAGACUAUUGUUGGCCAGAGCAUUGGAGGAGUGAUCUACUCAAUGUUUGCUGGUUCACCACUUGUCAUUCCACUGACCACUGCACCGCUGGCAAUCUUCAUAAGCGUUAUCAGGGGUAUCUGUGAUGACUACGACCUCGACUUUGAUGCUUUCUACGCCUGCAUUGGUUUAUGGAACAGUUUGUUCCUCAUCCUCGGAGGCUUAUUCAAUGUCAGCCUGCUGAUGAAACUCUUCAAACGUUCAACAGAAGAAGUCAUUGCAUUGUUCAUCUCCAUAGCAUUUGUCGGGGACGCGGUGAAAGGCACUGUCAAAAUUUUUCAGCACUACUACCAGGGGCCCAUACUGGCGACCACAAACAGCACGGUGGUGCUUCAGCAGAUUAAUGAGAUUCUAGAGAUGGCAAACAACCAGACACAAAACAUGCCCGAGCAUCAUAAUGAGACUGUGUCGCUGUCGGGACAGGCUGAAGGGCAUGCGUCAGUCUUCCUGCCUGAGUCUUUGGUGAAAUGCACAAGAGAAAUGCCCAUCCUCUGUCUGCUGCUCAUGUUGGGCACUCUGUGGCUGGGCUACACCCUCUACCUCAUCAAGAGGAGCCCGUAUCUGAAUGACAAAAUCAGAGAGGUAGUGUCUGACUGUGCUUUGCCUAUCUCUGUGGUGAUAUUCUCCUUCAUUGGCUCCUACCUUUUCCUUGACAUACAGCUUCCUGUAUUCAGUGUCCAUGAUGGUCCGAUCUUCAGGUACCCUCCUUUUGAAAAGCUGUCAGGAAUGAAUGCACUGAGUGCAGUUGGGCUCGGUUUUCUCCUUGCCUUGCUCAUCUUUAUCGACCAGAACAUCGUCAUCUCACUCACACACGUACCAGAACACAAGUUGCUAAAAGGCACAACGUUCCACUGGGACUUAGUGCUGACUGGGUUCAUCAACAUCCUCAUGUCCUGUCUGGGGUUGCCAUGGAUGCACGCUGCCUUCCCACAUUCCUCUCUGCACGCCCGUCAGCUCGCCAAAGUAGAACAGCACGUAGAGAACGGACACCUCUACACAACCAUCAUCAGUGUGAAAGAGACUCGUCUGACCUCAUUGGUGGCCAACAUCCUGAUCGGUCUGUCUGCGUUCAUGCUGCCAAUUCCUCUGCAGUGGAUCCCCAAGCCCGUCCUCUACGGCCUCUUUCUCUACAUUGCUGCCACUUCACUUGAUGGGAAUCAGAUGGUGGACCGCAUGGCCCUGCUGCUAAAGGAACAGACCUCCUAUCCUCCCACCCAUUACAUCCGCCGUGUGCCUCAGAGGAAGGUCCACUACUUCACGGCGCUGCAGAUGAUCCAACUGAUCAUUUUGUGUGCGUUCGGCAUGUAUCCGCUGCCCUACAUGAAGAUGGUCUUCCCUCUUCUCAUGAUCCUGCUGGUCCCUAUCAGGACCAGCAUGCUUCCUAGAAUGAUCGACGCAAAAUAUCUGGACAUCAUGGACGCCCAGCACAUGUAGAACAACAGAGCAACUGUAUGAAAAGAUUCACUUCCACCUGGUGGACUCAGAACUUAACGAUUCUGUAAAUAGCUGAAAGAAACGCAUUUGGACUGCAAGAUUUCAGUUCAAGCACUUGCUGGUGACUGGAUCAACAUUAACAGCCUCAUUUGCUUUGAUUUUUCAAUACAAAUUCACCAUAAAUGUAGUAGACUUUAAUAUGUAACAUUCCAACAUCUUUAUUGUAUGUAACUUUAUUGUAAUGUAGGUUUUUGCUUGCAGACAAGUCUGUUUUGAGCUGGACAGGUGCACCAGCUGAUAUCAGAGACUUCUUUUGUAAUAUUUUAAAAGCUGUUUAUCCUUUCAUUUCAUUUCAACAUUGUGAUGUUUUAAAGAGAACUGCUCAAGUUUAAAGCCUGACGUUCAUAAGUUAAUUCAGGAUGUGGCAACUUCAGCGUGAGUAAUUUUACAACAGUAGAAAAUUCAGUGUGAAAAUGUAUUUCUCAGUACUGAGGGACAUGUCAUCUCACAUUAGUGACAUUUUAGCGAACACGCUGCACAAUACAUGUUCUAGCUGUUUAGAUGUGAAAAUCUGCUAUUUUCAUUAUAAGGAGACACAUAGCCUGUAUGCUAUUUACUGUUAUUAUAAAAGGUAACUUGUGUGUAAUGUUGGGGUUAAAUCAAACUAUUGUGAAGCAAAUAAAGCCCUUUGAAGGAA